GCCCCUGACCCUAGCCCUAGGCCCUAUGCCUGUGGCUGUGAGUGUGUGCCGAAUCUUUUGCCGAGUUAUUAUUUCGGAUUGACCAUGCACACGGUAUACGGGUGUAUACCUACUAAACUAGUGUCGUGAGCGAUAGCCGAUAGGAAUAGUAUCAUCAUGAUCAUGGGUAUGAGAAGCUGGUCGAUCAAAAUGUGAGCAAAGAGAAGUGCUGGUAAAGAUCUACACGUAGAUCUAUGUAGUGCAGUCGUAUCGCGUCGACUGAAUAUUAUUAAAUUUUCCUAGUGAUCCAUGCCCAUGGUGCAAGGGGACUUGUCACUUGUUCUUGGCGACGUGCAUCAUCCGACUGAGUAUGCGCAUGCUUUCCGAUCGGACGGAGAUGACAGCAGCGCAAGCAGCGGCCUGCAGAUUCCGGUUCCGCAACGCUAUCACAGAAACACAGAAUGACCACACCCGGCCAACACGAGGACAUGGCUGAUAGCACCGUGAAGAAAGACUCUACAUCACCGACUGGAAUGAUGAGUCUGAGUAGUGAACAGAAUGCUGUUGCAGACAGGACUACAGUUGGCGGGGACUCUAGCGCGCCACUACUGAACCUAGUAGACAAUGUGGACGGUGACAGAAAUCUCCACGCAUCGACGAGUAACGCGGUCACCUCCCAGGAACCCUGCAUUGCCGACAUGACGCGCAAGCGUAGGGAAGUGAUGACGUUCUUCGUGUGCUUGGCCGUCGUGACCAGCUGCAUGAACCUGUCGCAGCUGGGCCCGUUCAUGUUCAGCGCCGCUCUGGCCAGGCACCCUGAAGGCGGUGCUGGCUACCACACCGCUAUCGGCGCCAUCUUUAGCAUGGUGCAGAUUGGAGUGGUCCUAUCCAGUCCGUUCAUCACCCACGACCUGCCAAACAUCGGCAGUAAGCAGCUGCUGGUUCUGGCCGCGUGCGUUCACGGCAUCUUCUCCAACCUCUUCUCCUCACUCCACUGGAUCCGCGACUGGAAGGUGUUUCUGGCCUAUGCGUACGUCAUGCGUUUCGUGCAGGGGGUGGCGUUUGCGGCCACCAGCAUCGGUGCACAGACUUACCUGACACGCAUUCACCCCAGCAACCUGGGCCUGGUCAACUCCCUGAUGAUCAUGAGCGUCGCGCUGGGUCACGUAAUCGGCGUGGUGCUCUCCGGGGGUCUGCAUGACAUUGGUGGCUUCCCACUUCCGUUCUACGUCACCGGAGCUAUUGCCUUGCUGGGGGCCGUAUGUCUUGGAAUGAUCGUAUUCGACGUGGAUAAGCUGCUGCCCGCAGAGCAGGCCGCCGAUGGCAAGACAGGCGGCGGCGUGAGUAUUAGCCGUGUGCUCCGCGUCCCUUGGAUAUGGUUUCUGCUGUUGCAGGUCGUUGCCUCAAACUUUGCCUUCAGUUCUGUCUCGAGCCUGCUGGGUUAUUACAUGAAGUCUGAGUUUCAUGUACGGUCUGUUAUCAGAGGCUUGGCUCUUGGCUCGCAGGUAUUUUUCCAGUUUCUGUCAGCACCCAUUGUGGGCAAACUGACCGACCGUGGCUUCAAUUGCUACUUGCUGGUGCUGCUCGGGCUACUGCUGAGCGUCGCCGGCUGUCUGCUUAUCGGACCGUCGGCGUUCCUGCACUUGCGCCCGUCUCUGGCGCUGGUGUUUGUCGUGACAAUACCGCUGGGCGCGGGGCAUUCCCUGAUAGCGGUGGCCAGCCUCGUUGCCAUGACACAGCACCUGGAGAUGAUCGGCAUGGGCAGUACCGUGGGUACACGCUUUGCCGUGGCCGGCCUGGCACGGUUCUUCCUGUCCGCGGGCUACGGCAUGACUCCGUUGGUGAUGAGCCCGUUGGUGGCCGUCCUAGGCUUUCCGGCCGCCUUCACCAUCCUGGCGUUUGUGUACCUGGCCCUAGCCGGUCUCCUCGUCGUGCUCAAGUGGCUCGAUAUCAUCGUCGGAAAGCUGAAGUCGCGCUUCCACUUGUGCUGUGCUGAUGAGCACCGUGCAGCAGCUAUGGCAGAGCCUGCCGAAAAUCCUUUCGAUGAUGGCACGGAACUGCAGCCACUGAAGCACCACUGAUAGUUUCAUACCCAUCAUGCCAUGGCAAUACUAACUUAUUACUAGAACAACUACGAGUGUGCUAGACUGCGUUAGCAUCUUGUAACGUUGAUAGAAAUAUGGUGAGAGGCGGUUGUCUGAGACCGUUAGAAUUUCUGGACACAUCAAAUGUCGGAAUGUUUUCCAGGAGCAUUAGCGACGUAAUACGUUGGAACUUGUGAUAUUUUGGGGCCGCUGAUCUGAAAUCAGAAACUUAUAGGUGCUUGACAUGUUACGUAUGCAGGUGACAGAGGCUUGGCUGGGUGAGCAGCAUUUUAUCUAAGGUCACGUAGCGCAGAGAUGUUCUCACCAGGUAGUCGUAAAAUACCGGUAUUUUACGACUACCUGUUUCUCACCAUGAAGAUUACGUGUGUAUCAGUGAUUGUGCGGCGACAUUUUAUCUCUUCUAGCAAUGAAAAUGUACAGUAAUUAUUGUUUUAAUGUUCUGUAAUAGCAGUUUUCUUGUUUCACACAGUUAUACACCACUACCCUGUCCCUGCGGGAAUUUGCGGAAAAAAACUCUCGAAAACUUGCGCAAGAAAUUGCGGCAGAAAGUAACAAAAAAUGCGACGAAAAGUG